GAGCCCACCUUGGCGAGCUCUCCCAGCCGCAGCCUCCGAAUCCACGGCCUCCACCCCGCGCCUCUCCAGUUCUCUAUCCCGUCGCUGCGCCCUUGUUGCUGGCCCCGGCCGCUACAUCCGCGUCCGCACAGGCUCCUUGCUGGGCACAAAUAGCUCCACCAUGGGGCUGGCCUGGGGACUCGGUGUCCUGCUCCUGGUGCAUGCCUGCGGCUCCAACCGCAUUCCAGAGUCUGGGGGAGACAACAGUGUGUUUGACAUCUUUGAACUCACCGGAGCUGCCCGCAAGGGCUCUGGGCGCCGACUGGUGAAGGGUCCUGACCCUUCUAGCCCAGCUUUCCGCAUCGAGGAUGCCAACCUGAUCCCCCCUGUGCCUGACAAGAAGUUCCAAGACCUAGUGGAUGCUGUGCGGGCGGAGAAAGGUUUCCUCCUCCUGGCCUCCCUGAGGCAAAUGAAGAAGACCCGAGGUACCCUGCUGGCUGUGGAGCGGAAAGACCACUCUGGCCAGGUCUUCAGCGUGGUCUCCAAUGGCAAAGCGGGCACCCUGGACCUGAGCCUGACCGUGCAGGGCAAGCAGCACGUGGUGUCGGUAGAGGAAGCACUCCUGGCGACUGGCCAGUGGAAGAGCAUCACCCUGUUUGUGCAGGAGGACAGGGCCCAGCUAUACAUCGACUGUGAGAAGAUGGAGAAUGCGGAGCUGGAUGUCCCCAUCCAGAGCAUCUUCACCAGGGACCUGGCCAGCAUUGCCAGACUCCGCAUUGCCAAAGGAGGCGUCAAUGACAAUUUCCAGGGGGUGCUGCAGAAUGUAAGGUUUGUCUUUGGAACCACACCAGAAGACAUCCUCAGGAACCAAGGCUGCUCCAGCUCAGCUACCAGUGUCUUUCUCACCCUUGACAACAACGUGGUGAAUGGGUCCAGCCCUGCCAUCCGCACCGACUACAUCGGCCACAAGACAAAGGACCUGCAAGCCAUUUGUGGCAUCUCAUGUGACGAGCUGUCCAGCAUGGUCCUGGAGCUCAGGGGUCUACGCACCAUUGUGACCACGCUGCAGGACAGUAUCCGCAAAGUGACCGAAGAGAACAAAGAGCUGGCCAAUGAGCUGAGGAGGCCCCCACUCUGCUACCACAAUGGAGUCCAGUACAGGACUGGUGACGAGUGGACGGUGGACAGCUGCACUGAGUGUCGCUGCCAGAACUCAGUUACCAUCUGCAAAAAAGUGUCCUGUCCCAUCAUGCCCUGCUCCAACGCCACAGUUCCCGAUGGAGAAUGCUGCCCACGGUGCUGGCCAGCCAGCGACUCUGCAGACGAUGGCUGGUCCCCGUGGUCUGAGUGGACCUCUUGCUCUGUGACCUGUGGCAAUGGAAUCCAGCAGCGUGGCCGCUCCUGCGACAGCCUCAACAACAGAUGCGAGGGCUCCUCUGUGCAGACGCGGACCUGCCACAUCCAGGAGUGUGACAAGAGAUUUAAACAGGAUGGAGGCUGGAGCCACUGGUCCCCAUGGUCAUCUUGUUCCGUAACAUGUGGAGAUGGUGUGAUCACAAGGAUCCGGCUCUGCAACUCCCCCAGCCCCCAGAUGAAUGGGAAGCCAUGUGAGGGCAAAGCCCGGGAGACCAAAGCCUGCCAGAAAGACGCCUGCCCCAUCAAUGGAGGCUGGGGCCCCUGGUCGCCAUGGGACAUCUGUUCCGUCACCUGUGGAGGAGGGGCACAGAAACGUAGCCGGCUCUGCAACAACCCCACGCCCCAGUUUGGAGGCAAGGACUGCGUUGGUGAUGUAACAGAAACCCAGAUCUGCAACAAGCAGGACUGUCCCAUUGAUGGAUGCCUGUCCAAUCCCUGCUUUGCUGGUGUCCAGUGUACCAGCUACCCUGAUGGCAGCUGGAAGUGUGGUGCUUGUCCCCCAGGCUAUAGUGGAGACGGCGUCAAGUGCAAAGAUGUUGAUGAGUGCAAAGAAGUUCCUGAUGCCUGCUUCAACCACAAUGGAGAGCACAGGUGUGAGAACACAGACCCCGGCUACAACUGCCUGCCCUGCCCACCACGCUUCACUGGCUCGCAGCCCUUCGGCCGGGGCGUGGAACAUGCCACCGCCAACAGACAGGUAUGCAAGCCCCGAAACCCCUGCACGGACGGGACACAUGACUGCAACAAGAACGCCAAGUGCAACUACCUGGGCCACUACAGCGACCCCAUGUACCGCUGCGAGUGCAAGCCUGGCUACGCCGGCAACGGCAUCAUCUGCGGGGAGGACACAGACCUGGACGGCUGGCCCAACGAGGACCUGCUGUGCGUGGCCAAUGCAACUUACCACUGCAGAAAGGAUAAUUGCCCCAACCUUCCCAACUCAGGGCAGGAAGACUACGACAAGGAUGGAAUCGGCGAUGCCUGUGAUGAUGACGAUGACAAUGAUAAGAUUCCAGAUGACAGGGACAACUGUCCAUUCCAUUACAACCCAGCCCAGUACGACUAUGACAGAGAUGACGUGGGAGACCGCUGUGACAACUGCCCCUACAACCACAACCCAGACCAGGCUGACACAGAUAACAAUGGGGAAGGAGACGCCUGCGCAGCUGACAUUGAUGGGGACGGUAUCCUCAAUGAACGGGACAACUGCCAGUAUGUCUACAAUGUGGACCAGAAAGACACUGACAUGGACGGGGUUGGUGAUCAGUGUGACAACUGCCCCCUGGAACACAAUCCAGACCAGCUUGACUCUGACUCGGACCGCAUUGGAGACACCUGUGACAACAAUCAGGAUAUUGAUGAAGACGGCCACCAGAACAACCUGGACAACUGUCCCUACGUGCCCAAUGCCAACCAGGCCGACCACGACAAGGAUGGCAAAGGCGACGCCUGCGACCACGAUGAUGACAACGAUGGCAUUCCUGAUGACCGGGACAACUGCAGGCUGGUGCCCAAUCCUGACCAGAAGGACUCUGAUGGUGAUGGUCGAGGUGAUGCUUGCAAAGAUGAUUUUGACCAGGACAAGGUGCCAGACAUUGAUGACAUCUGUCCCGAAAAUGUUGAUAUCAGUGAGACUGAUUUCCGCCGAUUCCAGAUGAUUCCUCUAGAUCCCAAAGGGACAUCCCAGAAUGACCCUAACUGGGUUGUACGCCAUCAGGGUAAAGAACUCGUCCAGACUGUCAACUGUGACCCCGGACUUGCUGUAGGUUAUGAUGAAUUUAAUGCUGUGGACUUCAGCGGGACCUUCUUCAUCAACACCGAGAGGGAUGACGACUAUGCCGGCUUUGUGUUUGGCUACCAGUCCAGCAGCCGCUUCUAUGUUGUGAUGUGGAAGCAAGUCACUCAAUCCUAUUGGGACACCAACCCCACAAGGGCUCAGGGAUACUCUGGACUUUCUGUGAAGGUUGUGAAUUCCACCACGGGGCCUGGCGAGCACCUGCGGAAUGCCCUGUGGCACACAGGAAACACCCCUGGCCAGGUGCGCACACUGUGGCAUGACCCUCGUCACAUUGGCUGGAAAGAUUUCACUGCCUACAGAUGGCGUCUGAGCCACAGGCCAAAGACAGGUUUCAUCAGAGUGGUGAUGUAUGAAGGGAAGAAAAUCAUGGCUGACUCAGGACCCAUCUAUGACAAAACCUAUGCUGGUGGUAGGCUAGGCUUGUUCGUCUUCUCUCAAGAAAUGGUGUUCUUCUCCGACCUGAAAUAUGAAUGCAGAGAUUCCUAAUCAUCAAACUGUUGAUCAAAAGACUGAUCAUAACCAAUGCUGGUAUUGCACCUUCUGGAACCAUGGGCUUGAGAAAACCCCCAGGAUCGCUCCUCGCUGCCUGCCUUUGCUCUCUGCUUGCAUGAGUGUGGACUCCUAGAACAUGUGACUUGCCUCAAGAAAAUGCAAUUUUCCAAAUCAGACCCUGCAUUCAGCCUCUGACUGAGAAGAAUCUUCCAAGGAGACAAACAAUGACUUUGGUUGGCUUUUGCGAAAGCAAAAGCAUCCACAUGCUUUGGUUGGAAGGUGCCUGUCCCACUCUGCUUUUGUCAGAGCAGAAUGCGACUGUGAGGCCAGCUCUGAGCAGUGGACUCCAAAGUGUUUUCAGGCAUGUGAGAGAAGGAAGGACUCACUAGAAUUAACAAACAAAACCAGCCCUG